AUGACUUGUACUUGUUGUAAUAGAAGCGUAACUAUGAUUGACCACGGUAGUUUCAACUAUGUUGAUGAUAUCGGUAAAUCAGUUCUCCCAACUCAAUCAGCUUCAAAUGAAAAGCACCCAGAUGUCAAGGAGAGAUUCUACCUUCUCCCAGUGAAGUUCGCCACUCCAUUCCCAUGUGGAACCACCCCAAAGGUCAGUGUUGCCAUUGCUUGUGCUGAUCAAAAUCAAAGCAAAAACUUCAGAGUCUAUGCCAAGGCUGUCAAUGUCACCAACACUGGUUUCAAUGUCAAAUAUGUAACCUGGGCUGACAGUGACUCAUAUGGAUACGGUGCUCUUUGGAUUGCCACUUUCACUCCAUCAUGUUGUUAA